AUGGUAUCAUUAAAGUUGCAGAAGCGUCUUGCUGCCUCUAUCUUAAACUGUGGGAAGCGUAAGAUUUGGCUCGACCCUAAUGAGAUAACUGAAAUUUCGAACGCGAAUUCCAGACAGAAUAUUCGAAAACUUGUCAAAGAUGGGCUUGUGAUCCGCAAGCCAGAAAAGGUACGUGAACGCUAUUCUUUCUUGCUCUCUUCUCUAAUCAGUAAAAGAAGAGGUACGAGAGAGGCACGUUUGCCUACUAAGGUGCUCUGGCUCCGCCGACACAGAGUCCUUCGUAGAUUACUAAAGAAAUAUCGAGAUGCUAAGAAAAUUGAUAAGCAUAUGUAUCAUUCCAUGUAUCUUAAAUGUAAGGGGAAUGUAUUCAAGAACAAGAGAGUACUGAUGGAGGCAAUACACAAGACAAAGGCAGAGAAAAGUCGUGAAAAGUCGCUGGCAGACCACUCGUGA